AUGCCAAAAACCUAUGAAACCGAGUAUAGCCAGAGAAGUAAGGAGAAGGAGAUCUUCUUGGGUUACAUGGCUCUUUGGAUCAAGUUUGAAGAUGUUGAUUGUAAGCUACACCAACUUGCCCGUAAGCUGCAACUUGGCCAAGCUGCAAUGGUGCUUACCAACUUCAAUGGAGCUGGCGUUGGAUUUGGAUUCGGUGUUGGCUGCGGGUUUGGCGUUGGAUGGGGUUUCGGAGGCACACCGUUGAAUUUCUUGGGCCUUGGUGUAGGUGGAGGUUGUGGGGUUGGUCUAGGUCUUGGAUGGGGAUUUGGCAUCGCCUUUGGUAGUCAGUAUCAUUCAUCUGGGGUCACAUUCCAGGGCCUAGACUUCGGCAAGAAGGAUCAUGAUGGUUUUGCUUUACAGAAAAACAACCAGGACAAUCGUGCUUCGCGGUAG